ACCAGCACCACUGAGUCAGCUGUGUGACAAGUAAGGUAGUAGGACGAGGUGGCAUUGCAUCCAGCAGGGAUGAUAAGAAGGCCAGCCUGUAAGCAGUCAGUGUCUUCUGCACUAGCUCACAACACAGUUAUACAAGCAUCAAACCCCGCUGUUAGUCUGCUGCUGUUCUUCCACGGGCCGUGAAUGGAAGUCCAGUACAUGUUAGUCCGUUAGUGCUGAGGCUCGGCAGGCUUAGCCAUCCUUGCUUGACACUCUUUGUGCUCAGCCAUUCAUCCCCCCUCCUCUCCUCACUUAUCUCCCUCUUCUCUCAGACUCUCAUCCCGACAACCAUGACAGAAUCAACCAAUCCCAAUUUUCCCAAUUCUCCCGGUUCGCCAGGCCUUAUUUCUCUACAAAUAGGAUACUGGAAGACUCGCCCAGACACCUAGGGACACUUCAUAGUAUAGUUCCACCCCAGUUGCUUUGAUUCAAUGCACAUGUCGGUUCCGCUCUUCCUGGUCAACCACGAGGCCUACGCCACUGCCCGCCGCUGGAUAUACAAGCAGGGGUCGACCAUCCGCUUCCACUGGCCCACCGAUCCCUUCCUCUUCCUGCGCCGCUGCCACCCCGCCUCCGAUACGCUCUACGUCCCCGGCGCCCAGUACCACGAGUUCAUCCGCGAACCCGAAUCUGAAACCUUUGGGGAUGGACCACUCCGCUAUCGCACCGCACUUCUUGCGAAUCGCCUUUCCCAAUACCUUCCUGCUCAAGGACGACGGCUACCACCGGCUGACGGAGCUGCUCGAGGACACCAGUUACCGGAGUCCCUGAGAGGUGUUGGUAGUCAUUGAUUAUAGUCCAACUGCUCUCGACCUCCGACCCAGCGAGGAGGCACCGCCUGCGACGCCAUUCCAGUUACAGCGGCAUGACAUAUAAAUAUAUAAGGAUGCUCUUGGGCGAAACCUGAACAGUCACAUCUACUUGUUAUUGACGUUGCAAUCAAGCAGUUACGGUUUCGUAUUCAACCGUGAUACUAUCUGUGCGACGAAUGCGCCCUAUGUGAUGGCUCUCAACCCCGUGGUCAUCAGCGGUCUGCAAGAUGCUAUCCUGACUCCUAAUAUCCGCGAUCAUUAUAUCAUUUUUGUCUCUCCGGGGUCCGGACCGCUUGCUGCCCCACCUGUUUGAUGCAGGCAGUUGGGUGCUACUCUCUUUAUAGUUAUACGCGCCAG